AUGGCAUUAGUCUUACCAUUGAAGGACAGGAAACUUCUGGAGGUCAAACUAGGAGAGCUGCCGAGCUGGAUCUUGAUGUGGGACUUCAGCCCUAGUGGCAUUGUCGGAGCAUUUCGAAGAAGUUACUACCGGUACUAUAACAAAUAUAUCAACGUGAAGAAGGGGAGCAUCGCCGGGCUUACCACGGUGCUGGCAUGCUGCAUGGUCUUCAACUACACCAUUUCCUACAAGGAGCUCAAGCACGAGCGGCUACACAAGUACCACUGAAGACAAGCUCUGCACUCCCGUCCGUGACCUUCUUGGCU